AUGACAGGAUCGUCCAGCAGGCAAAUGAGGAUCCAGCGGACCGCUCCGAUCCCUCAGGAGCGAGGAGCAUGGGCCAGCAAGCUGGAGUUCAUUCUGACCGUAGCAGGGGCUAUUGUAGGACUAGGAAAUGUGUGGAGGUUUCCAUAUCUCUGCUACAAAAACGGAGGAGGUGCGUUUUUCAUCCCAUACGUGCUGUACCUGGUGACGUGUGGGAUUCCUCUUUUUAUACUGGAGAUAUCUCUGGGUCAGUACACUAGUCAGGGAGGAAUCACCUGCUGGACAAAGAUCUGUCCUCUGUUUGAAGGAUUGGGAUACGCCAGUCAGGUGAUCAUUGUGUACGGCAGCAUCACCUACAUUGUGAUCAUAGUGUGGGCCUUUCUUUACCUUCUGUCAGCCUUCAGUUUGGAGCUACCCUGGGCCAGCUGUAAAAAUGCAUGGAAUACAGAUGCUUGCACAGUCUAUGAUGGGAAGAAUUCUAGUCUGAACUGGACAUCUCCUCUCAAUGCCUCCUCAUCUGUAAUGGAGUUCUGGCGUCGCAGAGUGUUGCACCUCUCCACCGGGAUGGAGAGCCUGGGUGGGGUAAGGUGGGAUUUGGCCCUGAUUCUCCUACUUGUCUGGAUUAUUGUCUACUUCUGCAUCUGGAAAGGAGUGAAGUCCACUGGCAAGGCUGCCUACUUCACAGCAACUUUUCCAUACGUGACGCUUUUGGUCCUGCUGCUGCGAGGAGUGACACUACCUGGUGCAGCUGAUGGCAUUCACUACUAUAUGUACCCCAAUGUUUCACGACUAGCUGAUCCACAGGUUUGGAUGGAUGCUGGUACUCAGAUCUUCUACUCUUAUGCCAUAUGUUUGGGCUAUCUCUCCUCUCUUGGCAGUUAUAACAAUUAUUACAAUAACUGCUAUAGAGAUUCCUUCUAUUUGUGCCUGUUGAACAGUGGGACCAGUUUUUUGUCUGGUUUUGCCAUCUUCUCUGUGCUGGGUCACAUGGCGAAGGAGCAGGGGGUGGAUAUCUCUCUAGUGGCAGAGUCUGGUCCUGGGCUGGUGUUUAUAGUGUACCCACAGGCGGUUACUCUUCUGCCGUGGUCUCAGUUCUGGGCUGUGUGCUUCUUCACUAUGAUCAUCCUCCUCGGCUUGGACAGCCAGUUCGUGGGGCUGGAGAGCAUCAUGACAUCAGUGACGGAUGUGUUUCCCAGCGUGCUGAGACGUGGCUACCGCAGAGAGCUGCUGCUGUUAGCCCUCUGCCUCUUCUGCUACCUCAUGGGACUGUUUAUGAUCACAGAGGGUGGUCUUUAUAUCAUCCAGCUGUUUGAUCAUUACGUAUGCAGCGGUGCCACUCUGCUGUUCUUAGCAAUUUGCCAGUCUGUGGCUAUGGGAUGGGUUUAUGGCGCUGAACGCUUCUAUGAGAAUAUUCAGGAUAUGAUUGGCUAUAGGCCUUGGCCUAUGGUAAAAUAUUGCUGGCUCUAUGUCACUCCCUCCAUCUGUUUGGGAACUUUUAUCUUCUUCCUGAUUAGAUAUAGUCCUCUGAGGUUCAACAACAUAUAUGUUUAUCCAUGGUGGGCAUAUGGCCUUGGCUGGUUCCUGGCUUCAUCCUCACUCUCCCUUAUUCCAAUCACCAUGAUCUACAAGCUUUACAAGGGCAAAGGGACAAUUCGGGAACGUCUCCAGGUCGCCUGUAACCCAGCAGAUGAUCUGCCUCAGUCACAGAGAAACCCAGCUGGACACUGCCCUCUACCAAACUUCACAGAGGGAGAAAAGAGUUCAAAUAACCUGUAGUCCUCCAUCCAUCAUC